CAUAUACUAUAUUGCCAAAAGUAUUGGGACACCCCUCCAAAUCAUUGGAUUCAGGUGUUCCAAUCACCUCCAUCACCACAGGUGUAUAAAGUCACAGGCAUGCAGACUGCUUCUACAAACAUUUGUGAAAGAAUGGGUUGCUGUCAGGAGCUAAGCGAAUACAAGUGUGGUACCGUGAUAGGUUGCAUAAGUCCAUCCGUGAAAUUUCCUUGCAACUAAUUAUUCCACGGUCAACUGUUAGUGGUAUACUAACAAAGUGGAAGCAACUGGGAACAACAGCAACUCAGCCACCAAGUGUAAAAUAACAGAGCGGGGUCAGCGAACAGUGCGCAGAAGUCGCCAACUGUCUGCAGAGUCAAUAGCUAAAGACCUCCAAACUUUGUGUGGCCUUCAGAUUAGCACAACAGUGUGUAAAGAGCUUCAUGGAAUGGGUUUCCAUGGCUGAGCAGUUGCAGCCAAG